CCUGGUUCUUCCGGAUCACAAAAAAAGGAAAGCACAGAGCUCCUGGUUCCUUCAGAUCCUGAAGUCAGGUGGAGCCCAUUUGCCACCCGUGGCUGCUCACUCAAAAGGUCAUUCACCCUGGAGUGACGGAGGAGGCUCCAGGCCUGGGCGUGUGCUAAGGGCAGAGCUCUCAGAGGGGCCCCGUAGCCAUGGGCUCUGCAGCCCUGCCCCUGUAGGUGACAGCUCUGUGGAGCGCUCAGGUGCAGAGACCAGCUGGUGCUCCUGUGAGAGAAGGACCUAGAAACCAGUGCUUGCUCCCAGCAGCAGAUCAAGGCGGGACCCAGAAGCGGGAUCCAGGCGAUCUUCAGGGCUUUGCUCAGAGUCCGGAAAUUAGGGGGCCAGGAGGGCAGCCGGGGAGUCCAGAGACCUAAGGAUUUUGUUGUCAGAAACGGAUCCCAUCCAGGAGCAGGGGGCAUGGACCACAGCGAGGGGGUCAUCCAAGCCCCAGCCGGUACUACGGUGCCUCAGGAACUGCUGGAAGAAAUGCUUUGGUUCUUCCGGGUAGAAGAUGCUUCUCCUUGGAAUUACUCCAUCUUUGCACUGGUGGGCGUGGUGGGCGUGAUAAGUUUCAUCCUCCUGGGAAGGAGCAUCCAGGCAAAGAGAAAUCAAAAGCUCCUGGGGAAAAACAAACCAGAAAAACAAACUCCAGAAGUCCAAGACGUGGCUGAGGCUGAAACCAGAGAUGACAAUAAGCUGAACACCGUAAGAGAGACUUUGCUCUCAGAAAAUCACAAUUCAGGCCAGGUGGAAAUUGAGUUACAAGAGAGAGAUGCGUCACUGGUUCUCCUUCCAGACCCACAGGAAUCGGAGACCUAGUGAGAUUUCAGAGCCCUGCCCCAUGUCGUCAGCAGAUAGAUGAAUGAACUGCAAUCAAACAAGUAUUCUGUUACCCGCUUUUUAUUAAAAUGCUUCUGG